UAGUGAUCUGUGUAUUUUACAAAACAAUUUAGGGACUUUAUGGAUUAAAUUGUAUUAAAAUAAUCUGAAUAAUGGAAGACUACUGCAAAUAUGUGCUAAAGAGGCUAUGUUGUACGUGUUUGAGCGCUGACAGGAAGCUCAGCCAACUAUGCAAACUGAAGGACGGUGUAAACAAUUUAUUUUUCCUACUUUCGUCGGACUCAGAAGCUUACAAGAUAAUGUUCAGUAGAGAUGCCACACAGCUGUUUAUAUGCUGGGAGUGUGACCACUUCAUGCGGAGACAGGCGAGGUUCAGGGAACAAGUGUGUAUUGCUCAAAAACACAUCACCCGCUUUGUGGAGGGGCGGAUCGAUUUAAAACCAGAAUACAGCUUAUCAAAACUAUCAUAUUUCCAUCAAGACACAUAUAAUGAAAAAAUUAUAUUUAAAAGUGAUGUAGUAGAUAAUUUUAUUGACUGUGGACCAGAUAUUGAUAUAAAAGAUGAGGUAGAACAAAAUAUGUUAAUAGAAAAUGAAUUAGCCAAUAUUAGUGAUGAAGACAUGACCACAGAUAUCAUAGAAGAAAUAAAUGUAAUAGACAAUAAAAUAGAAAUAAAACCUUUGUCAUUGAAUAGGAAAAAAAUAAAACAAGAUGCUAACAGAGUCUCAAUCAAAAGAAAAAUUAAAAACGAAAAGGAGUUUUCUCAAAAAAUAGAAAAGACUGAAAUGAUAGAUAAUAUAGAAUUAGAUACAAUAUUUGAUACAUUUGAUAGCAACAUAAAAAAUGAAAUAGAUUUAGAAAAUGGAGAUGUCUAUCCUGAGGUGAAUGUAUUAGAAAUUAAAACUGACAAAUCUACUAUAAAUAGAGGAUCAAAAAAUGGGAACACACGAAAAGUAAAAAAUGGAGAAGAAUGCAUAAAAGAAGAAGGAUUUUUGAGACUUAAUAUGACUGAAGAAGAGUUGUUGGACAGCAUUGAAAAGAGGAAGUUAGAAGAAGAUUAUAUAAAUGCAACAUACAAAUGUAAAUCUUGUGUUGAAGUGUUUAAAGAUCAAAUUCAUUUAGAGGAACAUAACGCAAGACUGCAUGUACAGAAGCCCAAAUUCGUGCAGUGCGACAUAUGCCAUGUGUACAUCAAGUUCUGGUGGCUGCCGGAGCACAGGAAGGAGCACUAUCUCAAGUAUCAGUGUAGCCACUGCUCUCUGGUGUACUACGCCGCGCUAGACAUGCUGCGGCAUCUGAAGGACCAGCACCGCGUCACUAGUGCUCUCACACCCGCCAUUUUAAGGAAGCUGAAAAGGAAAGCCGCACUAACGAAUCAAGUUUUGGCGCCAAAAAAGAACGAUGUCUCCGAAGAUAAAGCUGGACUCAAAGACCUUGACGGCAAAUUCAAAUGUUCAGAUUGCAAUAAGUGUUUCGAGAGCAGAUAUUUGCGCUACAAACACACACUCAAAGUGCAUCGGGAAGGUCACAAGUGCACCACUUGCGGGAAGACUUUCGCCUUCAAGAACACGCUCAACAAACACCAACAGAUCCACACAUCGCCGCAGCCCACCGAGCAGUGCCCGGUGUGCGGGAAGAUGGUGCGGCGCGAGGGCGCGCGCGCGCACGCCCGCACGCACGCCGCGCGCGUGUCGCACGAGUGCAUCGCAUGCGACAAGCGCUUCGUGUCGCGCGACUCCUUCGAGAAGCACCUGAAGUACGCCAGCAGACACGCCGUCGCCGACGUACACAAAUGUAAAUGCACAAUGUGUGAAAAAGCAUUCCGCACCAUGAGGGAACUGAACGACCAUGUGAACUAUAACCAUAUGGGGAAAACGCAACACAAGUGUCCCAUAUGUCACAAGGCGCUGGCGACGCGGCGCUGCGUGACGCGCCACGUGCGGCGCGCGCACCACGGUCUUAAGGAAAAGUCGGGCGACAAGAUACUGUGCCAGACCUGCGGCCGCGCUUUCCGGGAUAAGAAAUGCCUCCGCGAGCACGAGCUGAUACACACAGGCGAGAAGCCGCUGUCAUGCGACAUGUGUGGGCGCCAGUUCCGCCAGAGCGCGUGCCUGUACACGCACCGCCGCCGUGUACACAAGGUGGCGCCAAAGCGACUGCACGUGCUGCACGCAGAGGGCGACGCAGCUGACGUCACGAGCUGAUACAUGCACUAUGAAUUAAUAAACUGAUUUCGU